UAUAUUCCACCCGGCGUUUUGCCAACCUCAUAAAUGAUAGUCUUUAUUACUUUUGUCAUUUUGUUUUGAGUAAAUUAAAGAAACGAAUAUUGUCUCAAGUGGUUAAGCCGAGUUUUGUCAUAAAGAAGCCUCAUUUUAUUAAGGAUGUGGGAAUUUAUAGCCCUGAGAGUUUGUAACACAGGGCAGUGUGAAGUUAACCUAGGGUAAGGCAUUCCGCCUAGCAUGUAAGACUGAAAACUGAGACAGAUUCAAGAUUCUGAUCACAUUUUUAUGAAAAUAUACGCUUAUAGUUUUGAGCUAUACAUGUUAUCUGUUUUUUCCUUACCUGUCACCUUAAUGGCAGUGAAGAAACUGAAAAGAAUAAAUAAUAUUCUAUAAGAAUAAUUUUUUUGUUUUCAAUUAAUAAUUUUUGGUUUGUGAUUUUAUUUAUUUCAUAAUAGAAAAACAAAAUUAUUAAUAAAAAUAAUCAAGUGUGUAACUUUGUCCACAGCAACAGGUUCAACACUCAUAUGGAUGACCCAGUAACUACCCAGUGACUCCCAAUGACUACCCAGGCUGGAGAGAAAAACAUGAGCAGCAUGAAGUCCCUCCUGAUGAGGGCGUGGAGGGAGAGGUGGUCAGACAUACAGUGGGGUAUCACUGUGAAGAGGCUGCUCACUCGCUUCGCAGAGGCCGAGAUGUGUAAUUUAGCUGACUUGAUCCUCCAGCAAGCUUUGGUGGGAACCAGCCCCAACACCUUGGUGCUCUCAUAUCUCAAACAUGUGCAAAGCACUCAGAUCAUCACAACAGCCAGCGUGUUAAAGAGUGUCAUGAAGUACGAGGAUUUGGCACGCCCGUAUUGUAUAAAAAGUUUGCUGGAGCUAGUGACUGGGAUGUUGGCCAAAAUAAGCUCACAUGCGUAUUCAGAAGACUCGAUUGCUCUGUGUAAGACUCUGCAGCAGACAGUCAACUGGGCAUUACAGCUUGCUUACCGUGGCUUGCAGAGCCUACAAGAUAACAAGCAGGCAGCAGAGUACCUCGCCAUUGUGGAUAGGUCAUGUGACUUGGUUGCCAUGGUGAUGAAAAGUGAAUCCAGUAAAGCGUUGAUGUAUAUUGCAAAGUUUGAGGAUUCAGAGUCAGCCAGACAACUUGAGCAGACAGAAAUGAAUGUCCGUGGCGUUUUCAACCAACUUCAGCCGGCUUGUAUCACUGUGCAGCUGAAAGAAAAGGUGGAAGGCAUAUUGAAAGGGAUUGAAAACAUUUAUGUUAUCCCCACAACCCUGCAGCCAUCUGUUUCCAUGACAACAAGAUCAGUCCUGAGCACAGUCAGCGUCAUGCUGAACAUCGAGGCAGUUCUCAAUCCGACCAAUGAUGUGCGUCCUAUCAUGGAGCAGUUGAUCUUGUUGGAACGAGCCAAGAAGGUAGAGCGUACAGACCUCUACUGCCUGAUAUUGCGGGCGUGUUUCAUGGGGAUGAUAGACUCUAAAGAUGGAACAGAGGAGUUGAAGUGGGCUGCUUUCACUUAUCUUAAGCUGCCCCUCUUGUUUGCCAAGUUUUCCCAGAAGUCUCCACUGCGGGACUGCAGUAAGGAUUUAGAGACGGCAUUUGAGAAAUUCCUUAAUUAUGUUCCCCUACUGGACUUAACAGAUUCCAAGUGCAAUUGUGACUGUUUGAGUUUGUUCCUGAAAAAGCUGUGUACACACGGCUUGCUGUCAGACGCUCAGUGUAAAAAGUUGUUGGCCAAACGGAUGAAGGACACCCAGAAACCAAAGACGCCUGUCCAACAAAACCAGCAACCCAGUGCUAGCCUCAUCUUGAGAGCUGAGCCCACUGUGGCUAGCAUACUCAAGACUUUGGACGCUGACUACUCCAAGAGCCAAGAAUCUCUACUGGGUAUACUAUUCCACAUGUUGUCUGGGAGGAGUUUUGAACUGAUACUAGCUGCUGCAGCUGCCACAGGGAAACUGCAGAGUUUUGCUAUGAAAAUGAUCAAGUUUAACGAGUUUGCCAAGCAGGCGAGUGGCGACACAGACCAGGCCGCGCAGACGACAGCUCUCUUGUUUGAUAUCACCUUCCUGAUGGUGUGUCACAUAGCACAGUUAUAUGGAUCUGAGAUAAUCAGCUCCAACAUAGAAUGUUCGGACUCGUUCUUUGCGCAGUGGGUGAAGCGCUGUCUGCCGGAGGAUGGGAAAGCCAAAUGCCUGGACAACAACAGCUUUCAGCCAGACCCCCUGAAAGUGGAGUCCCUGCUGCAGCAGUUUAAUGCUGGAGGGGAGCUGAAAACAAGCCAUACCAAGUGGCAGGACGUGUGUAAUAACAUUCCCUUCAUGGUGCAGGAGGUGUUGUACGCCUGGGAACAUGGGGCCAUCAUGAGAGACACUGUCAGGACAAUGAUGGGUAACAUCAAGUCCAAGCUGUGUUGUCUCCCAGUGGUGGUGGUGUCAUGGCUGUGUACACACAUCAGUUCUCUGAACAGUACAGCCAGAAUGAAACCUCUCCAGAUGAUAGAUAUGUUACAGCAGCCCGUGGUUCACUCCCAGACACCAGAUACUGCCAAUCAGUAUUAUAGUGAAAGAUCCACUCUCAUGAAUAACAUUAUCCUCAAGAUGGCCGCGGACUUACUCCCAGCAACGACUAACAAAACCAGCUUGUCUGGUAAAUCUGACCUUCACGCGACCUUGAAGCAGACAUUCCUGGCCAGUUAUCGUAAAGGUUGGCUCAGUAUUCAGGCUCUGCAUGAUUUAGAGCAGCUGUACUGUACUGGGGGUGCCGAGUGGUUCUGUGAAACACUAGUCAAG